AUGGCUCCUGUUGCAGCGCCUUCCACUAGCCAGCCUGCUGGCGGCAAGCCCAUGAACUGGGCCGACGAAUUCGACGAGCCGGUUGUUGGCGACGCUCCCCGCAUCGAGGAGCGUGAUGAGGGAAACGGUGUCAAGGUUGUCAUCGAAUACCGAACCAACCCAGAUGGCAAAAAGAUCAAGAUCACCCGACGAGUCAAGAGGACGCUCGUCAAGACCAAAGUCAACCACGAAGUUGCAGAACGCAAGACCUGGACAAAGUUCGGUCAGGAGAAGGGCAAGGCCGCCGGUCCUCACUCUGCCACCACCACCAUUGGUGAGAAUGUCGUCCUCAAAAUGUCGGCCGGCAACAAAACCGCCGAGCCCGAGGUGGACGACAUGGACAAGAUGCGACAGCAGCUCGCCAACAAGCGUAUUGUCUGCCGACUUUGUAAGGGAGACCAUUUCACCACAAAAUGUCCUUACAAGGAUACGCUCGAGGCCAUUCCUGGUGCUGGUGCAGACACUCCGGAGGGAGGCGACGGUUCCAUGACCCCUCUUGCUGGCAUGGACCCCACCAACCCUGCUGUCGCUGCGAGUGCAGGCGGCAAGUACGUUCCACCCAGCAUGCGUGGUGGCGCAAAGGGUCCCGGCGAGAAGAUGGGUGGCCUUGGAGGCAUGUCCAGAGACGACUUGCCCACCCUGCGUGUCACCAACCUCAGCGAGGAUGCGGACGAUGAUGAUCUCAGGGAGCUCUUCAUGCGCUUUGGGCGUGUGGUUCGUGUAUACGUCGGUCGUGACCGCGAAACGGGCAUCUGCAAAGGUUACGCUUUCGUCAGCUUCGAGAACAGGGAAGACGCCGAUCGUGCAAGGCAAAAGGUCGACGGCAGGGGUUACGACAACCUCAUCCUCAGCUGUCAGUGGUCGCUUCCUCGUGGCGAGCGUCCUUGA